AUGACCUCCCACUGUGACUCUUCAGAUGUUUUGUGCAGUCCUUCUCUCGGAACUAUGUGGGAAUCUAACUGUUCCAUGUCCGUGCGCACGAACAAUGCCUCUAAGACUACGAACUGUGGAUCUGUGUCCGUAGCCUUUCCUAUUACCAUGAUGGUAACAGGAAUGGUCGGAAAUACCCUCGCUCUCAUGUUAGUUUACAGCUCGUAUAGGAAAAAGGAAAAUAAGAAAAAGAGGUCUUUUCUGCUCUGCAUCGGAUCUUUGGCAUUGACUGACCUUUUCGGCCAAAUUUUAACAAGCCCCAUUGUAAUUUCGGUGUACAGGGCAGAUUUGAAGUGGGAGCGCAUUGACUCCACUGGUGCUCUAUGCGCAUUCUUUGGGGUGUGCAUGACUACUUUUGGUCUCUGCUCUCUCUUCCUCGCUAGCGCCAUGGCAAUUGAGAGAGCUCUGGCAGUAACCGCUCCUCACAGGUACUCAAAUCACAAGAGAACGACUGUAACAAAGAAAGUCCUAGUAAUGAUCUGGUGUCUCGUUCUGCUUUUUGCCCUCUUGCCAGUUGCCGGUGUCGGAAAAUACACUUUGCAAUGGCCUGGGACAUGGUGUUUCAUCAGCACCGGGGACAGGGACGUCCGGGGAAAUAUGUUUUUCUCCACAACUUUCGCCGCAUUAGGGGUGUUUUCAUUACUUGUAACAAUGUCGUGUAACGUGGUAACAAUAGGAGCUUUAGUUACACGUUGCAAAACAAAGUCCAGUACAUCCCAAACAUCGAAGCAAUGGGAACGACUAACUACCGAGACAGUUAUUCAGCUGAUGGGGAUCAUGUGCGUUCUGCUCAUAUGCUGGUCCCCCUUACUGAUUCUGAUGCUGAAGAUGAUAUCGACACAGACUUCUUCCCAUCACUGCAAAAAGUCGGACGUCCCGCUUCCGGUCAGUAAGCAGGUAGACUGCAACUUUUUCCUCACUGCCAUACGUUUAGCUUCACUCAAUCAGAUUUUGGACCCUUGGGUGUAUCUGCUCUUGAGGAAGAUUUUACUGAGGAAAUUUUGUAAAGUUGCCAAUGCCGUCUCCAACUGCUCCAUGGAAAGGCAGAAAGAAACACAGACAGCCCUGGAUACACUUAAUAAAACUGGCAUUGGAACUCACAUCAUCCAAAAACAAUGA